GCAGUAAAGAGCUAUGGGGCACUGCUCCUAUUCUGCAUCCCAAAAAAUCGCCAAAGUCUCAUGUUCCCCCAUUUGAUCCCGUUAAAUAUUUAUUAUUUCUGUUUGUCAACAUAUGAAGACCAAAUGAGUUAAAAAAAAAACCCGUCUGAGUUAAAGAAAGAUGGCUGCCGGGUUUGUGCUCUGUUUGUUGCUUUUGCAGCUGUAUGUGCAGCCAUACACAGGACAAGAGCCAGUAGACCUGAGUGCUUUCCAGCCGCAGAGUGCUCUCACUGACAUGGAGUUUGUUAGCGUCAGCUCCUACCGAGGCCCGGGCAACACAGACACCCGCAGCAACAAGGAGCUGCCCAUCCUGCUGUGGUGGAGUGGCAACCUGUUCCCACAUUUUCCUGGGGAUACAGAGCGUGUGGACUGUGCUCGCUCGUCCUGCCUGGUGACACGAAACCGCAAGGUCCAGCUGCACCGGCGCACAGCCUCCAUCAUCUUCUAUGGCACAGAUUUUCGUGCAUAUGAGGCGCCGCUGCCCCGCCUGGCUCACCAGACCUGGGCGCUCUUUCACGAGGAGUCACCAAUGAACAACUACUUACUGUCACACGGGUCUGGAAUAAGUCUCUUUAAUUACACAGCUACCUUUCGCAGGGAGUCAGACUAUCCGCUCACACUGCAGUGGCUGCCUUCACUCAACUACUUGCUUAAGCCUCCCUCAGUCUCUCUGGAGGAGAAGAACAGCUGGAGAAAAGCUGGACUGGCCCCAGUGCUGUACAUGCAGUCCCACUGUGACGUGCCUUCAGACCGUGACCGUUAUGUCCAGGAGCUUAUGAAGUACAUGCAGGUUGACUCAUAUGGAAAGUGUCUCAAUAACAAGCCCCUGCCUGAGUAUCUAGAGGACACCAGCACAGCCACAGGCGAGGAUCAACGCUUCAUGAGCUUCGUGGCCCGCUACAAGUUCCACCUCGCUCUGGAGAACGGACUGUGCCCUGAUUACAUGACUGAGAAAUUGUGGCGGCCCAUGCACCAGGGAUGCGUGCCCAUAUACAGAGGCUCCUCCUCUGUUGCUGACUGGCUCCCGAAUGAGCAUUCUGCCAUUUUGUUAGAUGAUUUCCACUCCCCUCAAGAGCUAGCCAAGUUCAUCAUGGAUUUAGAUAACGAUGACUCUAAGUACUUGCGAUACUUGGAGUACAAGACUCCCAGUAAGAUAACCAACCUUCGACUCCUGGAAGGCCUUCAGAACCGAGAGUGGGGCAUCAACGACAUGAGCAAACCUAACUACCUGAACGGCUUCGAGUGUUAUGUGUGUGACCGAGAGAACGAACGACUGACGGCAGAAAAGAAGCACAGACGAGAGCCUGACAAGUAUCCAGCACCUCAACCAAAGAUGGCCAACAACACACACAUGGGGUGUCCACUUCCUAGCCCUGGGUAUGGAGCCAUAGAGGAGAUUGAGCCUAAUGAUGGCUGGCUUCAGAUGUGGCCUCAGGACUACUGGCAGAGUCUGGACCAGGCAGAGGGACUGGUGUCACUGAUCAAUCACAACGAGUCUGACCCUGGACAGCUGUGGCAACACAUUCACAGGAUGGCUGUGAGCAGGAACAGUCAGUGACAUGAGUUCACCUCCGAGAAAGAACGCUACCUCGUGAGCUUGUGUAAGAGAAGAUUUUUUUUUUUUUAAAUGAAGGACCACUCUACCAAACACACUCAUACCAAAGACAAAAAACGCACUAAAGAACAAUAAAACCCAACUCGGCUAACAGCGCAAUCAUUUUUGACUUGUUAAUGGGUCAUUUAGCUAAGGGCCAAAACCAAAGGAAGCAAAAAAAAAUCAUUUUGUAAACAUAUUAUAUCUAUACGUGUCACAUGUAGACAUUGUUUUGUCAUUAUCUUAUUUGCAGUGUUGUAAGAAGGCUGUUUAAAUAAUAUUUGGAAACACAUUAGAACAUGAUCUGCAUAUGAAUAGAAUCGUUCUGCUUCUGUUUAUCAGUGCAGAUGUUAUGAACAAGCCCUUACGUGCUUUAUGAAUAAUUUAUUUUUCAGGAUGCUGAACUUGACAUUUAAAUUCAGCUGCUGUUCUUGUCAAAUAGAAAACUGUUUGUGUCUUUCAGCCAUUUGUUUUUAUCCUUUUAUACGUGCACAUAUGUAAACAUUUUUAUGCCAGUAUUCUAUAAACUAUUUAUUUAUUUUUUACACUUUGUAAAGAGCAACAAUUAAAGCUAUAUGCUAAAUUAGCUAAAUAAAGCUAAAUUGUUUUGUGACAAAAUGUGAACAAAACACAACAUUUUUUUUUUUUUACAUCCCUACAUUUAUUCACAGUUUUAAGAAGUUUAUUCAUCCACUGAAAAAUGCACAGCAAAGCAAAUAAUUUUUUUGGUUUUUAAAGAUGGAAAUAAGGCUAGUACAUUGUAGAAAAAGUGAAAACCCACUCAAACAAAUACACAUGAUUCUGAUUUUGAAGGCACUUUUCACAAUCAGACGACAGCAAAGACAGAAGAAGAAUAACUGUUUUGGGAAUGUAAACAGCCCAACAGCAUUUACGUACGUUCUGAUAGAGUCAAAAAAAAAAAAAGGACAAA